AUGUGCAUGGUCCAUAAAUGGCAACAUCUCAAGCAACUUUGGCAUGCAGGAAGAGGACAUGAUACUGGCGGCAUCAAGGCCACCACCACGGGUGAAUUGGCUCUGCAGUGCCCAGCAUGUCCCCACCCUGGCAAAAAUUUGCCAGAAGGUUGGGAGAACAAACUGCUGUGGAAAUAUGUGUUGUUCAUCGCGAUCAACACCAACUUUAGGCUUAAAUGCAAGGCUGUGUCAUCAGACAAUGUCGACCCUAGCCUCAACUCUGGGUGGGCAUAUUUUGUUCAGGAGGCUGACUACAAAACAUACUUGGCCCAUCAAGCUGGCGUCAAGCAAGAUCACAGUACGUGCGUCAGUCACAAUGCUGUUAAUUUGGCAGAUAUGAAGUCUUCACAUGGUCUGGCCACAACAAGUGUUGGUACAGUACACUGUGCCAGGCAUGAUAUGAAGCUUGCCAACAGUGUCAGAGACUUACAAAAGGGUGAAAAAUAUAUUAAUAUGGACUACCUCGUAUUCUCAGCACUGUUGGCCUUCACGGUAACCAUGAUCAACAUAUCAUAUGAUAUUGCCUGUCAAUGGCAUAAGAAGCUCUGGACGCAUAUGGAAGGCAUGCCCUCAAGGUUUCACAUACCUCACAACUCAAUGACCAUCCGAUUUUUUGUGCCAAAGUUUCACCUGAAGGCGCACAUUGACGCAUCUCCCGAGCACGGUUGGUCAAAUAUAAAUCGUGUCGCAACAAGCACAAAGGAGAUGGGCCCAGGGUCACGUCGAGAUACCCUCGAUGACUAUUUUGGGGAUUGGAACUGGAAGAAAGUUAUGGCGCUGGGUUGUAUGCUCUUGCGCAAGAUCCGUGACGCUGUUAAGUGGAAGAAGGAGCAUGGGGAAGGACUGGCAGAGCUAGAGAGGACGGUUCAGCCAGCUCUCAUCCUUCAGUGGAGAAAAGAAGUUGAAGCUUGGGAGGCAGACAACUCUCAACCUAAUCCGUUCAAGAGCCGCUAUGCUUCUAUUACACAGGCUGCAGUUCAUCUACAGCUCGCUGAGCUUGAAGCCCAUGAACUUCAGGCUGGGAUCAAUGUCUCCCUGCAUACCGACAUUUCCCCAAGCAGACUAAUCACCACCGGCAUCGAUCUUCAAGACCAACAACAGCACCUGAAAACGGAUAUCACUAAUGUGUCUCUUCAUCCCACGAACAAGCAGAAGGCUACCAUGCAGACUCACAUCACCACCCUCCAACAUCGACUGGAUGCCUGGGCUCAUGUCCAAGAGCUAUAUAUGCUCAUUGUGUCCCAGCUCCAUCAUCGAUCUUCAGAUGCUGGUGUGAUGCCACACAGGCUGGCUGAACACGAAUGGGAUCUAUGUCACGCACAAGCACUGGAUGCCCUUAAUGAGGUCCGUUCUCAUCUCCACCUCCGGUCUCACAUGUAUAUCUACAAAGAUCAAAAUGUAUGUGGUCAGGCCGCUUCCACCCACGCACAGGCCCUCAUUGAAGGUGUGGAGCAGAGGAAAUGUGCUAGUGUUGACAAGUAUUGGCAUGCGUCUGUUCGAGUCGAGUGGUGCAAAGCAUGUGCACGCGCAAACCGCUGGUCGGAGGAAGUUGAACUCCUCCUCAAGGAGAUGCGAAGAGUUAUAGUGUCCUUGAGGUGGCAGGCAGAGUGGUGGAGUGGAACUAUCUCUGUCUAUACAUAUGUCUUCCUCGAUGGUUACUAUGAUUCUCCACCGGCUUUCCACAUUGCCUGA